AUGUCUUCCGAAGGCGAGGUUCAAAUCCAUUCAAUUACUAGGCCUGCAUCUGGCUCUCCUGUUCUGAAUAGGGUAUCAUGUCAAAUUACACAAAACAAGAUUCGUGGUGGUGCACAAGCGAUGCUGUAUGCUGUGGGGUUGGAUGAGAAUGAUAUGAACAAACCGCAGAUCGGAAUUUCUCCGGUUUGGUGGGAAGGAAACCCUUGCAAUUCCCACCUUCUUGACCUUGCGAAACAUGUUAAAGAGGGAUGUAAGCAGGAAGACCUUGUUGGACUCAUCUUCAACACCAUUGGUGUCAGUGAUGCAAUUACAAUGGGAACCGAUGGAAUGCGAUAUUCCCUUCCGAGUCGGGACAUCAUUGCGGAUUCCAUUGAAGCGGUCGUAAUGGCGCAACAUUAUGACGGCAACAUCUCUCUUCCUGGCUGUGACAAAAACAUGCCAGGCUGUUUUAUGGCUGCCGUUCGACACAACCGACCGACUAUCAUUGUGUACGGAGGUACAAUCCAAGCUGGAGUUAGACAUCUUGAUUGUCCAUCCAUGGGAAAAGAAAAGGGCGGAACUGUGAACAUCUCCGAUGCAUUUGAAUCCUAUGGCGCUUUCGCCGUCGGAAAGAUAACCGACGAGCAACGCUUUGAUGUCGUUCGACAUGCUUGCCCUGGAGCUGGUGCUUGUGGUGGGAUGUACACCGCCAACACAAUGAGUUCCGCACUUGAGGUUCUGGGGAUGUCUCUGCCCUACUCUUCGAGCAUUCCUGCUGCAUACCCUGAAAAGGUGCAGGAGUGCAUUCGAGCUGCAAAGUACCUCAAAAACCUUCUUGCGCUGGAUAUUAAACCAAGAGACAUCUUGACCCGCAACUCAUUUUUGAAUGCAAUUGUCAUCAUCACUGUCUUGGGAGGUUCCACCAACGCAGUCCUCCAUUUGUUGGCAAUGGCUCGAGCGGCCGAGAUUGAUCUCACUAUUGACGACUUCCAAAUGAUAGCAGAUAAAACGCCAUUUUUGGCUGAUUUAAUGCCAUCUGGAAGAUAUUACAUGGAGGACAUACACCGCAUUGGCGGCAUUCCCGCCAUUUUGAAAUACCUUUUGAAUCAUACAGACCUGAUUGACGGUUCUCAGCUCACGGUGACGGGCAAGACACUGGCGGAGAACUUGGAGGAUGUUGCUGAGCUCAACUUUGACAAGCAGGAUGUUUUCCGCCCACUCAGUAACCCGAUUAAACCUACCGGGCACUUGACUAUUCUCAGAGGCAACCUUGCUCCUGGGACCGCAGUAGCUAAAUUGACUGGAAAGGAAGGAUUGCGCUUCGAGGGGACUGCGAAAUGCUUCGAUAGCUUGGAGGGGUUCUACACUUUAUUGGAAAAGGGAGAAAUCACAGCCGGCAUGGUGCUCAUAUUCAGAUAUCAAGGACCCAAGGGUGCUCCAGGGAUGCCAGAAAUGCUAGGUCCGACCGGAGCUAUCGCUGGUGCAGGGUUGGCCAAUUCUACAGCUCUUAUCACGGACGGACGAUUUUCGGGUGCUAGUCGAGGAUUCAUCAUCGGGCACGUCGUACCGGAAGCUCGUCUGGGCGGACCUAUUGCGCUAGCUAAAGACGGGGACCGGAUUGUGAUUGACUCUGCUACCCGCCAGAUUGACUGGUUUGUGGACGAGGAAGAACAGAAACGACGCAGAGAGGAGUGGUUGGCGUCGGAUAAAGGCAAGCUUAAUGUAAAGCGCGGUAUACUGCUCAGAUAUGCUCGGGAUGUGGCGCCCGCCAGUCAGGGUGCUUAUUGUGAUUGA